AUGAAUGACAAUGGCCACACAAUGGAGCAGCAACACAGUUUUUGGAGCUACGCUGUAGAGUUUCUUAAUCAGAAUGAUCUUCUGUCACUGGGGAGGACCAACAAACAUUUAUAUGAGUUGGCUUUGAAAAAAGUAUACCAAAAAAUUGUGAUUGCUAAAAACCCUGUUUUGAGGUCCCAAGAGUGGUUUUUAGACUGCGGGACUACGUAUCUUGCAGGGUACAGAUCGGUGCGUAAAACAGGCGAUCAAAACGACAUUUUUCUGUACGACCGCAUCGUCAGAUUAGCGGAAAGUCCGCAUCUGAAUUUAGUCCGGGAGUUGGUGAUACAAGAAGAUGUUUUCGAAGACAAGGAGGUUGGACUCGAGAUUUUGGGUAAACUUGUGCAAAAAUUGAUCAGUUUAGACCGUCUAGAAGUUCUGGAUAUCAGAGACAGUCAGCUGUUCUUAGAAGUUCACUCGCAAUAUCUGCAGCUAUCGAACUUGCGGCAAUGCCAAGUGGUGAAUAUUUCAGAAUUGAAUAAUUUACGAUCCAUUGAUAAAAUGAAAUCUCUCAAAGUCCUCCUGACAAGCCCAGACUUCGAUCGCCAUUCUUUGAAACCAGCUGUCAAGACAGCCCUGUUUUUGAAUCUGGAAGAAUUGGUGGUAGAAGAUCUGGAGCACUCGAGCCUUCGAUUAUUCCAGUAUUUCCACGACGAGCGUUUGUUUCUCACAAACGUGAAAUAUCUGAAGUUUAACCACGUUCAUGGAAUUCACGACUACAACAAAACAAUGCGAGAGUUGAUUCCGGAUUUUCUAGCAAGCGUUUUUCACCUAGAGAAGCUGGAGCGCCUGGAAUUCGAGGGCUCCUGCGAAGUGGAAGACUGCCCUUGUUAUCAAGAAUUUCUGAUGGACUUAGCACCGCGGCUUUGCAUACUCCGCGAGCUGGGUCUCAUCGAAAAGACUUUUAUCACCCAAGGUGACCACUACACGGAGGAAAAUUGGGACCUGGCUAUCAACAAGUUCAUAUACCAUCUUCCGAACGUUUCGAACACACUUCAAAAGCUGGCCAUUAGGCAUAAUCCGCCAUCAAACGGUAUUCAGAAGGAUUCUGUCGAGGGCAAUUACACGAGGCGGCGUACUCUGUAUGACAAUGUUCUUCCUAAGCUCACCAGCCUCAAAACUUUGGUGACCCCUACGUUUCUGCGUUCCUUAUGUUCUUACGAGGUGUUGGUAUGCGAUCUGUUGUGGAAUGGAUGUGAGUGCGAUUAUUGUGACAAAGUCCUACCUAUCAUCGAUCAGUUUAUUAUGAAUCACCAGUUCUACUCCUCGAAUGACGCCUGUUAUAAGGACAUUAUACCUACGGUUUUUUUCGCAUUUGCGGGCGAUGCUUUGUCGCGGCGCUUUAUCACAGAGACAGACUGGGACGUCAAAUCGUGGACAACAUGCCCCGUAUCCCAUUAUUGGGAUAUGCAUGGCUACGAAAAUGUCCACCAUUUCCAGGAUUAUGUGUGCCGUUUUGACGAGUCUGUAUACGACGCCUUGACAAAAUGUGUCGCUCAUUUUCUAAAUUCUUACAUGGACCACCUGGUAAGAUAUCUGCCCCAAAUGCGGUCCUGUAUCUUGUCGGGUGUCUAUUACGCUGUGAACGAUGCAAAUAUAUACAAAUCUAUAUACGAUUAA